CUCACAACUCACAGCACCGGCGUGACCGGCUAUAUUGGUGGCGAUAUCCUGGCCACGCUAACUGCUAAACACCCGGAGUUCUCCUACUCAGUCCUUAUCCGAAGUGCCGAGAAGGGAGACCAAGUCAAGGCCCAGUAUCCAGCAAUUCGUGUCGUCCACGGUGACCUUGAUGAUUCUGCCCUGCUGGAGCGCGAAAGUGCUUCAGCCGACAUUGUACUGCACAAUGCCGACGCUUCAGACCAUGUGGGAUCCGCCAAGGCCAUUGCUGCUGGACUAGUUGCCGGACACACAAAAGAAAACCCAGGCUACUGGCUGCAUACUGGUGGCACUGGCAUCCUCACGUUUGAAGAUUCCGACAAGGGCGAGUAUGGAAACCCCAGUGACAAAGUUUACGACGACUGGGAUGGAGUGGAAGAACUUCUCAAUCUUCCAGACCAUGCCUUCCAUCGAAAUGUGGACCAGCUCGUUUUGGAUGCGGCAGCGAAAUAUGCAGACGUGCUCAAAGUAGCCCUGCGUGGCCGACAAGUCUACGAACUGGCCAAUGUGACACUGCGGCUGAAAAAGGGCCCGAUCAUCGGCGCAGGCAAGUCCAUUUGGAAUAACGUCCAUGUGCAUGAUCUGAGCGACGUAUAUGUUCUUCUCGUGGAUGCUGCAAUUGCAGGCCGGUCUGAUACAUUGCUGGGGGAGCUGGCCCAGACUACGGCAGAGGUAGCUGCUAAACUGGGAUACUUGCCCGAGGCUAAAGCGGAACCCAUCGACCUGGAGAGCGCAAAGCAAUAUGCCGGCUUUGAGUCACUCAGUUGGGGUAUGAAUUCCCGCGGCCGUGCUCUGCGAGCAAGAAAAAUUCUGGGAUGGAAGCCUUACAGACCCAGCCUGGUGGAAGAACUACCGGAGAUCCUUCGGAAUGAGUGGCACCGGCUGCAAAAGUAG